AAUCUUCACAUAUUGACAGAUCUGUGUCUAUCAAUGAUUAUAAUCUCAAUGUGAAAUCAUCAGUUGAGAACUUGAGAAAUGCAAUAAUAAAGGAAUUGUCUGUGUCAUGUGUGACUGAGUCUUUCACAUUUCUCUCUUCUCUCUCUAUUUCUUUCUCUGCUACUCUCUCACAAUCUUCUACACUUGUCUCUGUGUCUGGUUCUCCCGCUCCCGCUAUCUCUGUUCCCGCUACUCUCACUCCUGCUACUCUGCUCUACUACUUCUACAUCUACUAUCUCUGC